AUAGUCAAAGUGAUGAGAGAGAAAUCCCUGUUUUCAUGUGGACAUAGUACAAGAUAAUUGGUUACAACAUAAACUAAUUUUACUUUUGGUCAUGAAUGGAAUGGCCUUUGUGUAGAUUUGUAUAAUUAGUUUUCCUUGACCUUGAAAUAUAUUAAAUCAUUUUCAUGCUGUUCCGGAUUAUAUAUGUUAUGAAAUGGUUUUGGUUUAGUUGUACCCGCUACACUGAGAUUACUUUCUAUCUCCAACCUCUGCCUACAAGCAAUUCAGCUUCCAGGAGAAAACAAGGUAAAAAUUGGAUGGUUCUGACACAAACAUCACUGAAUCCUGGGGAUGAUCUCUGUGGAACCUACAUAAACAUCAGUCCCCACUAUCUCCCUGAAUGCCAUUAGGACUUCAAAGAAAUAAUGUCCAACAAAUAUUUACUAAAAUGGAAUGUUCACACUCCACUAACAUUACCCUCAAGGCCUGAAUGACUACACCAGAUUAGCCUCAUAACAACUCCCUUUGAAUUUGACAUUCUAUAAUAUAUAUAUAGCAUGGCUUGUAGCUAUCUCAUAUUCAUCCAAAAACCCAUAAGCUUUUUAAUCCUAGAAGACCCUAAAUCUUUCUAAUAGACAAACUCAAAAUGUCAUCAGCUUACAUUUUCCUCACAAUGUUAGUUGCUCUGGUACAAGUGGGGAUGGUUUUUGCUGUAGUUGACCCUGUAGCAGCCACUGGAAAAGAACCAAUUCUUGAGUUAUACAUGCAUGACAUUCUUGGGGGUAGUGGCCCUACAGCAAGGCCAAUCACUGGCUUGCUGGGUAACAUCUAUGAUGGUCAAGUGCCCUUUGCAAGGCCAAUAGGUUUCCUUCCCCCUCAAGGUGGAGUGGCUAUCCCCAAUGCCAAUGGUGCCAUUCCUACGGUUAAUGGUCUCAAUGGCAUCCCACUAGGAACUGGCUUAGCUGGUACAAAUUUUGCGGGAAAUACAAAUGGUCAGAACCAACCUCAAACCCAACUGGGACCUGAUGGUUUGGGACUAGGAUUCGGAACAAUUACUGUCAUUGAUGAUGUGCUGACCUCUGCACCUGAGUUGGGGUCACAGACAAUUGGUCAAGCUCAAGGAAUUUACGUGGCGAGUUCAGCAGAUGGAACUACACAGAUGAUGACGUUUACAGCCAUGAUUGAAGGAGGGGAAUAUGGUGACAGCCUAAACUUCUAUGGUAUAUACAAGAUAGGAAGCACCAUGUCAUAUUUGUCAUUGACUGGUGGUACUGGCAAGUUCAAGAAUGCAUGUGGGUUUGCCGAGGUGCGGUCACUUAUCCCACCUGGCCAACAUGUCACAGAUGGUGCAGAGACAUUGCUGAGGAUAACAGUCCAUCUAAGCUACUGAGAAUGGUAUGAAAAUCUAAGAGAAAAUGUGAAUUGUUUCUUGAAGGUGAACCUGGGCAUGGUUUUUCGUUUGUCAGUUUGGUUGAAGUAAAUCAAAAUUGAUUUUGUAAGUUUCUUCGGUUUUUCUUUCUUUCUUUCUUUCUCUUCUUCUUUUUCUUCUUCAUUUUUUUUUUUGAUAAGUUUCUUCAGUUUUUCAUUUGUAACACUGGCCAAAACAGCAAAAGUGUUGUUCUGAUGAAAUAUGGUAAUGCAAUGUAAUUGAUAAUCCUUCAUGAUUUGUUUCCA